AUGUUAAAUGUACCGUCCUCGUUCAGCACCUCCCAGCUUCUUUCAUUCAUAGGUUCUGCAUUGGAUACAGUCCAGCAAAUUCGCCUCAUACACCAGGAACAACGAAAUCUUCAUUUGAUGCUAAUAAAGUUUUAUGACGCCCUAGAUGCGGAAGAGUUCUUUAAGAUGUUUAACGGAUGUCCAUUCGAUACCCUCGAUUCAUCGCAUGCCUGUGAGCUAGUUUAUGUCACAGGUGUCUCUGCUAGCGCAGCUAAUACGCUCCCCCAAACGUAUCCACUUCUAAGCAAAACUGAACCAUGGCCAAUAAUUGGAUCUUUAGACGUCGAGCGGGAUCCAUCACUUGAGGCUUUGCAGCCCUAUCGUGAAGGCUCGGGCCUACGAAGUGAUGCAUAUGAGCUACCAUUUUGCCCUGUGUGUCUUGACAGACUAGAUUCACGACUCUCAGGCCUCGUAACUGGACUCUGUCAACAUACUUUUCAUUGUGAAUGCCUACAAAAGUGGGACGACAGCCGCUGUCCUGUUUGUCGGUAUUCGUGCUUCCAGACUGUGUAUUCCUCACAAGCUUCUUCAGAGAGCGCGAACACCUCUGAUAAUUCCUCUACAUGCUCUUUGUGCGAGACCCAUACUCAUCUGUGGGUC